GGAGCCCCUUUAACCACAUGAGUUGUGCUACUGAGGAUCCCGAGGGUAGAGCGCUCACACAGCCUCAGACAGAGCUGGUCACCAGAAAGACCAAGUCAGUCCCACUCACCAGCCUCCAGGGAAGGGUGGGGAUCUCGAGUGUGAGCGCAAACAGAAACUCUCGCAGACACUCCGAGAGCACAGAGGUUGCGGAACGCAGGAGGCGCUGGGAGCGAGGCCUGCUUGCGAGGGCCUGAAGCCCACGCGCCCCUCUCCCCACCUUGCUCUGUGCAUCUCUUCCUUUUGCCUGUUUCUGAGUUGUACCCUUUUUGACAUCUGGCAAAUGUAAGUAAAGUACACUGGUGAGCUCUGCGAGCCAUUCUAACAAAUUUCAGACUGGGAGGUGGAUUGGGGCAACGCCCAAUUUACAGCCAAUCAGAAACACAGGAGGCCCAGGGCUUGUGCCGGUACCUGAGGAGGCCGCAGUCUCACGGGACUGAGGGCUUCUGACUUUGUGAUAUCCGACACUGACUCCAGGUACACAGUGUCAGAACUCCACUGAAUUGGUAGGCCUGGACAAGAGGGGAACGGGCGAACUGGAGAACUGGAUGUUGGUGUUGAGAAAACACCUCUCGCUGCCUCACCUCAUCUGGCAGAAGCCUGCUGCCUAGAAAUGAACUGGGUAUACCAGAAAAUGCUCGCUUCUGACCGGUAGAAGUUUCUAAGUAUCAUGCCUAUCAACAAGCUAUAAGAUGACUAUCCCAAGCAACCAAGACCAACCUGCCCCUUCCAACAGCUCACACCCAGAUGAAUACAAAAUCGCGGCCCUUGUGUUCUACAGCUGUAUCUUCAUCAUCGGAUUAUUUGUUAAUGUCACUGCAUUAUGGGUUUUCAGCUGUACCACCAAGAAGAGAACCACUGUAACCAUCUAUAUGAUGAAUGUGGCACUACUGGACUUAAUAUUCAUAAUGACUCUGCCCUUUAGAAUGUUUUACUACACAAAAGGUGAAUGGCCAUUCGGAGAAUACUUCUGCCACAUUCUUGGGGCGCUUGUCGUGUUUUACCCAAGCAUCGCUCUAUGGCUUUUUGCUUUUAUUAGUGCUGACAGAUACAUGGCAAUCGUGCAGCCGAAGUAUGCCAAAGAACUUAAAAACACGUGGAAAGCUGUGUUCGCGUGCAUAGGGGUCUGGAUAAUGACCCUGACAACCACUGUCCCUCUGCUACUGCUCCAUGAAGACCCGGACAGAGCCUCCUCCCCAGCUACCUGCCUGAAGAUCUCCGACAUCAUCCAUUUAAAAGCCGUCAAUGUGCUGAACUUCACUAGACUGAUAUUUUUUUUCUUGAUCCCCCUGUUCAUCAUGAUUGGAUGCUACUUGGUCAUUAUUCACAGUCUCCUCCGUGGCAGGACCUCUAAGCUGAAACCCAAGGUCAAGGAGAAGUCCAUCAGGAUCAUCAUCACACUCCUGCUGCAGGUGCUCAUCUGCUUCACGCCUUUCCACAUCUGUUUCGCCUUCCUGAUGCUCGACGGGGAAGACAACAGCUACAACCCUUGGGGAGCCUUCACCACCUUCCUCAUGAACCUCAGCACCUGUCUCGAUGUAAUUCUCUACUACAUUGUCUCCAAACAGUUUCAGGCUCGAGUCAUUAGUGUCAUGCUAUACCGUAAUUACCUCCGCAGUGUGCGCAGAAAAAGCUUCCGAUCCAGUUUCCGAUCUGGUAGUUUACGGUCACUGAGCAACAUCAAUAGUGAAAUGUUAUGAAGACAAGAAAGGUGUUUCCCUUGCACCUCUUUAAAUUCUUUUCUCCAACUAUUCUAGGGUUAGUGGAGAUUCUGCAUGAUAGUAGCAAGUUUAUCUAAAUAAACUUUUAAAAUAAACUAAAUAAGCUUUUAAAAAUUCACCUUUUAAAAAAAAACUUCUUUUCAAACUUUAAAAACUGUUCUUAUUGUGGCAACAGGAUUCAAUAUCCUGAUUUUUAUUAUUUUCAUUUUUUUUGUUGUUUUGUUUUGUUUUUCCGGGUACCGGGAAUUGAACUAGCGAC